GAAAAGCUUCCUGUGACAGUCGAUGAUCGCAAUAAUGACAGAGAUUGAGUGUGUGGUCCUGGCUUCCUACCCUUUUGUACGUAACAGCUGUACAAAUUACAAACGCAACGUCAACAAAUUAUGUAUAUUUCGUUAUUUCGUGAUGCGAUGAAAAUGACAGUACUGAAAACCUAAAGCAUGACGUGAACAAUAGAUUUCAAUAUCCCCGGAAGAUUUCGAGACGGACCAUUGGAAGGAAGGUCAAAAGCGCGGAAAGUCAAUAGUCGAUUUACGCGUGCGCCACAAUGCUCCACGUGUUACCUGCGAAAUUGUGCGAAAUCACAACAUUCCAAACACUGUGUGUAUUUGCCUCUUACACCGAAGGAGACUUGAUAUAAUGAGAUUGGACUGUGAGCACAAGUCAUGGAAUCAGAAGCGAGAAAUCAAAUUAAUAACGACUAUAAUAAGUUCUUCUACGCGACCAUGUGUCACGUUUGCAAACGAAUUGGCGACGGCGUCCCUUUGAAGCUAUGCAGUAACUGCAAGAUGAUCUCCUAUUGCGGUCAGGAACAUCAGAAGCAGCACUGGAAGCAGCACAAACCUUUGUGCAAAGCCAUACAGAACGUGCUGCAAGGCCGGCAAGGCUACAACAUGAAUGUUCGCGGAGAAACGUCGGAGGAAUGGAUCAACAUAAAGCAGAUGUUCAUGCUGCUGGUGUCGCGCGUGCUGAAACGUCGUCUGACGAUGUGUGAGAUGCAAAUGUUCAAAUUUCCAAGAGAGUGCCUGAUUUGCCACGAACGAAACGCUCAAUCGUUGAAGGUUUGUCAGAAGUGUGCUACCUGCUUUUGUAUAAAAGACCACGAAGACGGCAUUGAGCACAGAAACAUCUGCGCUUCCCUGGAACUGUGUUUUCGUUCAGAUUUAUUAGCUACAAAAGAGGAUCGCACUAAUUCUUGUGUGCCGGACAUGAUUUCUUACGCGAAACACGUUUUCGACACAAACAUUGAAUUUCUGGACAUGAACGACUUUAUAGACGCUUAUGGGGUUAUUCGGGAUGACUCGGACCCGGACGGUGCCUUGGCAGCCGACCACUCACAAUAUCUGACACGUCCCUUGACGCUGUUUUGUGCUAUGCGAUUAUUACACUAUAGCCCAAGAAGCAACAAAGAUUUUGUCGUUCAUGUUGUAGGUGCGAGUCGCGCCGAGGAAUGCACCUUGAUCGGAUGGGAAGUUUUGUCUUGUUUAUUAGAGAUCGUGAUGUCAGUAACGAUUGUAAUGAUAGGGCCGGAAUUAAAAUAUAAAUACACCUCAAACGCUUGUGAUCCCUGUACAUCGUCGGAUAACAAAAGUUUAUUUUUAAGUACCACGAUGCGUUAUACGACAACUAUGUACGCAGCCCGUCAUUCGUAAGACCGGACUUUAUUGUAGGAUUUAACCUGGGUAUUCACGAGCAUAAACUUGGAUCCGAGAAGGAAACGUGGGCGCCGUCCAUUAAGCUGAUAGCGAAACAAAAUUGUCCGUUCGUCUUAACGUCUGUCACGCGUCAAGACUUCGAGAAGGAGACUGACAGAAUAAAUACAAUUCUGGGUAGACGGGUACAUUAUAUCUAUAGAGAAAAGAAUCCAUCCGCUAGUCUCAGACCGCAUAGAGUUCUCGGGCCGGAGCGCGUGUAUUAUGAGAAUCAAUAUGUCGCUGUCUGCCGGGAUCUUUGAUCGUAACUGUUAUGCGUAAUUUAAGCGACCGAUACAAACUAACGGCUGUGUUUGAAGGAAAUGUAGCGCGCGCGAAAUGACACACACGAAUUAACUGAACUUAACGUUUAUUAAACGCGAUUAUUAAAUGUAACGAAAAAAGGAACGCAAAGAAAAUUGUAUGUACUACAUCUGCGAAUCGCGACGUGUCUUCACGAAACAAACUCCAAAAGACUGCCCAGCCGGAACGCCGACGUCUAUAGACGUCGAAUUGACAUCUUAUAGAUGUCGAUUCGACAUCUAUCGACAUCUAUAGACGUCGAAAAGACGCUAGCAUUUCGGCUGGGUGAUAGCCGACACUCCGGAAUGUCCGCUUAUAUUUAUAAUAAUCCAGAAAUCCUAAAUGGCUAUUUUCAGUAUUUUCUAAUUGUAGGGUCGAUUGUCUUACAUCAGUCGAGCAUAAUGGAUUAUACGAUUAUUAGAUAUAACAGGACAAGUGAAUGCGGUAAUGUAAAUUGUAAAAUAUUAAUAUGAUUGCAGUACGACUGCACUGUAAAUCUCAAGUGUGUUAUUUUAACUGAAGCUCUUCUUACACAUUUCUUGCU